AUGGCUGCUUUGACCGUCCCUCCGGGGGGACUUGUUCUUCGACAUGGGUCGAGCCAGGAUUCACGAGAGAAACAUGCAACAGAACCAACACAAGUGAUCCGGUUAGACCUAGUUGAGACUCUGACCAAGGAAAUUCUUCGGUCUUUAAAAAACAAUGAACAAGUUAGACUUCGAUGUGGAAAAAGACCAGUGGUUCAGGCAGGGAAGAAGUCGUUCCCUCUGGACAGCAGUCUUGACACAUUCCCCUCCGAGAUCUUCACCAAAUCCACCGAUGAUGGCGGUCCCAUGUAUUUCUCUGGAAGAUCAAGUCAUAAACUUGAAGUUCAGAAAGCUGAAGAAGACACUGCGAAAAGCGAUGAAGCACUGGCGGCCCUUGAAAGCACGUUGAGAUCGAUUCAAGAGCAAAGAGCGUCGAAUGAAACCAGUUUCGUCCGCGAGAAAGAGGACAUGAAACAGGCAGGAAGGAAAGAGAACAAGCCAUCCCCUUUGCUUGGACAAGGCUCCGCUCUCAGGAAGGACCAUUUGCUAGGAGGAAUGGCAAGAUCCACUCCGUCCAGCCCUUUCCUCAGCGCAUCUUAUUCUCCCAGACAGGGACCAACAUCGACCCCUCUGCCAUCCGGAUUGUGCACAAAAGACCGAAUACGCCUUGACGCCAUCAGAAUACCCCUGGUACAUCUCCUGGCUGUUCGACCUAUGACCCCGAACGCGAUUUGCCGCCAGCUCCAUGCUUCCAAGGAUGAUUGUGAGAAGUUGCUCGAUAAGGUGGCUCGGGAGUCCAAAGCAGGCGACGGAAUGAGAGAGUUGAAGGAGAAGAGUUAUCGUGAAUUGGAUGUUUGGAAAUUUCCUUAUCAGUCUCGAGAAGACCGACAGAAAGCAAUUGAUCAUGCUAUUCAAGCAUAUGAUCGCAUGCGAGUAGAGAAGACAGAUCACCUGUGGCAGUUAUUGCUACCUCAUGAGGAGCGAGGAAAGGGUAAGAUCCUCUCCAGGCUGAACUUUGACAAACCAGUGCCCCAUCACGCCACACCAAAGCCUGAACGUCCCACCGAGGACGGCAGUGAGAGCAAGGCCGAGAUGUCUGACGGGGAGCAUGGUAAAGCAAAGCCCAAGAAGGGUCCGGGAGCUGUCCAGAAGAACCACAAGGACAAAGUAGCCAGCACCAGAACCCCGGCAAAGGGAGAGAUGGGCGGGCUCGCCAAGGGGAAGGAGACCUCACAAUCGCGGAAUAAGUCAGUCAAGGCUCAAGAGAGCAAAUUCAAAUCCUCCGAACGAAUUGAAGAUUCAGAUGAAGAAGCCGAUGCAGCAGAAGAGGCCGUUGCCCAACCUCAGGAGGCAACACUUCCAAGCUCAUCGAAGGCGAACUCGAGCAUCAAAAGAAAGCCCGAACAUGAUUCGUAUCGGCCCACGAAGUCAACAACAGCAACUUCUUCUCCACCCAACACCCUCCACAAAUCAUCCCUCUCGAGUUCGUCCACCAGCAGCAACAAUGGCAACGAGAAGCCACGAACAGCCGUCCAAAAUUCCACCAAGUCAUUGAAACCUCAUCGGAGAACAGAAAGCUCGGCUUCUCGAAUCUCACCUCGGCCACGCCACGACAGUUCACCUCAAAAGCCUUCACCUCUCGGAUCGUCACCUCCCACGACCUCGACUGACCCGGACCACUCCACCUCAAGCAAGACCUCGAAUCAAUCAUCGGCGCCCUCGUCUCCCCCAUCAAGCACGGAUAUGCCUCAACCAAAACACGGUAACAAGUAUUCUCCCGUCAUCUCGGACAAGAGUCGAAACGUCUCUCGAGGCAGGAGCCCCGCCCCAAGUCCAAUGAAACGCAAGGCCGGUCCAACCGAAGGGGAGCGUCCACCAAAACGCCAGCAAGCAAAUUCAAAUCAUCGAGCGCCACUGACCAAUGGGACAACCGAACACAUGAAGCGUCCCCCUCCCGCUCGAACCGACUCGGAGCGUUCCUCAUCUCCCGAAAAGCCCGGUCCAAACAGACAAGAUGUCAUAGAGGAGGCAAAACGAUUCCAGAAGUACUACAAGCGAUACAAGGAUUUGUAUGACAAAAUUUCCCAACAGGAUGAGAACGAACGUGAUGACAAAGACAUGAGCGAUCUAUGGAAAAUGCACAGGCGAUUGAAGGAGAUGAAAGCAGACAUCUGGGACAAUUGGGACAAGGUCGAGAAGGUUGAAAAAGUCAAUAAGGCGGGAGAGAUGGUAGCAGUUUGA